AUGGAGAUUGAAGUUGAAGUAAUAUCCAAAGAGAUCAUCAAACCAUCUUCUCCAACCCCAAACCAUCUCCACCAUCACCAGCUCUCGUUUCUCGAUCAAUUAGCUCCCCAUGCAUACAUGCAAUUUUUCUACUUUUACAGCUCCGACGGCGACGGCACCAAAACCUUCACUCAAAUAUCAAACAUCCUCAAGACUUCUUUGUCCAAAGUCUUAACCCAUUACUACCCGUUAGCCGGCCGAGUCAAACACAAUCUCGUUGUUCACUGCAGUGACCAAGGCGUCCCAUUCUUUGAAGCCAAAGUUAAAUCCCAACUCCUUUCCGAUGUGAUCGCCAACCCUCUUCUCUCUGAGUCUGACCUGAACAGAUUCUUGCCCUUCAAGACGGCUGAAGCUACUGAAAUACCCCUCGGUGUUCAACUCAGUGUGUUUGAUUGUGGAGGAUUUGCAAUUGGCGUUUGUAUUUCGCAUAGGAUUGCUGAUGCGUUGUCAUAUUUUACAUUCAUCAACAAUUGGGCAGCUAUUGCUAAGAAUUGUAGCAAUAUUUUUGUUUGUCCAGAUUUUUCUGCAGCCUCAGUUUUCCCACCAAGAAAUGUGGAAGGGUAUUUAGGGGUUUCUGUCAUCACCAAAAGGAAAGCAAUCAUAACCAGGAGGUUUGUGUUUGAUGGGGCAAAGGUUGAGGCUUUAAGAUCGAGAUACCAAGAGAGCAUGGAGUUUUCAAAAACCCAUAAACGCCCUUCAAGAGUUGAGGCCUUAUCAGCUUUCUUGUGGAACAUCUUUCUGCCAUCAAGGCCGAGAGAACCUCUUCAAACUAGUCAAACUCUGUACACAGCUGUUUGCAUUAUGAAUCUGCGGUCAAGAUGUGAUCCACCAGUGUCUCAAUAUGCUUUUGGGAAUUAUUACAGGGCUGCCACUGCAACUCCAACGUCGGUUAAUGGGGAGGAGCGCCACCGCCUUGUGAGGCAGGCGAUGGAGGAAAUUGAGAAAAUUGACAAUAGUUACAUGAGGAGAUUUCAAGAGGGAUAUCAAGAACAUUUGGAUUUCAUGAGGAAAAGAAUGGAGAGGGCCGCAAUAGGAGAGCUCGUGACAUUGACCUUUUCGAGUUUGUGCAGAUCUCCCAUGUAUCAUGCUGAUUUUGGUUGGGGGAAGCCUGCAUGGGUGAGCUUGGCUGCCAUGGGCAUCACUAAUCAGAUAGUUUUCAUGGACACCAAAAAUGGUGAUGGAAUCGAGUCAUAUUAUAGCUUGACGGAGGAAGACAUGGCCAAGUUUGAACUUCACUGCGAGUUCAUCUCGUUGCUUUAG